AUGGUGCUCUCGGCUACCCUGCUCCUCCUUCUCCUCCUCCUCCUAGGUCUCUGGCUUCUCUGGAGACAACCUACCUCCAGGGGCCGUCUUCCUCCUGGACCUCGACCUCUCCCCUUCCUGGGGAACAUUUUGCAAAUAGAUCCCAAAGGCUUUCUCAAGUCCUUCCUGGCGCUACGAGACAAAUAUGGUGAUGUCUUUACAAUCUAUCUGGGACCCCAACCUGCUGUUGUCUUAUGUGGAUAUAAAGCAGUGAAAGAGGCCCUGGUGGAUCAGGCAGAGGCAUUCUCUGGCCGAGGACCUGUUGCCAUAGUUGACCCCAUCUUCCAGGGAACUGGUAUGCUCUUUUCCAAUGGAAAGUGUUGGAAGGUCCUUCGACGAUUCUCUCUGGCCACCAUGAAGGACUUUGGGAUGGGAAAGCGAAGUAUUGAGGAACGAAUCAAAGAAGAAGCUCAAUGUCUGGUGGAUGAACUGAGGAAAUCCCAAGGGACCUACUUGGAUCCAACCUCCCUUUUUCAUUCCAUCUCGGCCAACAUCAUCUGCUCAAUUGUUUUUGGUGAACGCUUUCCUUACCAUGAUGUCCAAUUCUUACAACUACUACAUUUACUUAAUGAAAUUUUCACCAUUGUCAGCUCUUUCUACAGCCAGGUUUUUGAACUCCUCUCUGGUAUCUUGAAACACUUUCCUGGCACCCACAUACACUUAUACAGUAAAGUUCAAAAAGUAAAAGAUUUUAUCAUUAAGAACGUUGAGAUGCACCGGAAAACGCUGGAUGCCAGUUCCCCAAGGGACUUCAUUGACUCUUUUCUGCUACAAAUGGACAAGGAGCGCUCUGACCCCCAGAGUGAGUUCCACGAAAAGAACCUUAUCCACACUGUUCUGUCUCUGUUCUUCGCGGGCUCAGAGAGCACCAGCACCACUCUACGCUACGCACUGCUGCUCCUUCUGAAGAACCCUGAUGUCACAAAGAAGGUUCAAGCAGAGAUAGACAGAGUGAUUGGCCCACACCGUCUUCCAGCUCUUGAAGACCGGGCAAAAAUGCCCUAUACAGAUGCUGUUAUCCAUGAGAUUCAGAGAUUCAGUGACCUCGCCCCAAUUGGUCUCCCCCACUGUGUUAUCAAGGAUACUCGCUUCUGGGGAUAUCAUAUACCCAAGGACACUGCUGUGUACAUCAUCAUGAGUUCUGUCCUCCAUGACCCUCUGCACUUUGAGAAGCCAGAUGACUUCUACCCUGGUCAUUUCCUGGAUGCAGAGGGCAACUUCAAGAAACAGGAAGCUUUCAUUCCAUUCUCCAUGGGAAAACGCAUCUGUAUAGGUGAGAGCUUGGCCCGUGCAGAACUCUUCCUCUUCUUCACGUCAAUACUGCAAAAUUUUUCCUUGGGCUCCUCCAAGGCCCCCGAAGACAUUGACCUCACACCCCGGGAGAAUGGGCUGGGGAAGUUGCCCCCUCAGUACCAGCUCUGCUUCCUGCCCCGCCAAGGAGAGUGA